UCGAGUCGUAGUGUGGGUCUUGAGACUGCAGCAGUCUGAGGCGAGGUGGUCACGGCACAAGGCAACUGGUCGUCGUGGUUGAUCGGGCACGGUCACAUCGGACGGUGGUCUAAGAGCGAGCGAGCGAUCAAAACCGCAGCGCGUCUGAGGGAGAGAGGUAGAGGGUAAAGAAAUACUGCUGGGACCGUGGUUCGUGAUUUGUUAGUGUCCUCGAGAAUUCUCGGCUGCUGAUCCUCACUUACCCCUGAUCCGCUCGUCAUUAGGGUUGGAUCUUCCUCGUCAGCUUGCAUCGCGUAGCCAGGCAGGCGCUCACUAGUGUCGCUCGUAACGCGCACGGGAUUGAGGCGCGUUCGAUUCAGCAUUUGAAUUGACGGGAUUGGGAGUUGAUUCGGCGGGGAGAGAUGGCUUUGGAGAGCGAUCGAAGCAACAAGCGGCAGCGAGUUACCUCAGAGAAUCGAGGAGCCACCUUUCGCAAGGAUGAGGCGGACUUCGAAGUGGGCACCAGCUGGCGCGUGCUGGUGCUGCGGCUGGGGGAGCGGUGCAUGGAGUUCGACGGCCGCAUGGACCCCAUCGACCAGAUGGACCUGUGCUUGACGGUUGUCAGCCGCAACUUUGAUGCGCUCAAGGGAGAGCUGCUGCCGCUCCUAAUGCAGUGUGCAGAGGACCUUCCCCAAAAAGCGCCCUUCUACACCACGCUGGUAUCGCUCCUGAACGUGGACUACGAGGAGUUUGGGGCGUCAGUGGUGGAACACGUCAUGGCAGGGCUGCAGGCCGCCUUUGAGACGGGCGAGUGCAACAAGAUGCGCAUUCUGCUGCGCCUGCUGGCCCUGUUGUCCGUGGCAGCAGUGGUGCCAGAGUCCGAGGUGUUGCAAGUUUUGUCUCUUCUGGUCGACACGGCCACUACCCACCUCGAUCCGACAGCUGGCGGGAAUUCCAGCUGGCAGCCGCGGGCGGACUUCUUUGUCUUUUGCGUGCUUGCGUGCCUACCGUUUGCUGCCCAGGACUGGCAGCAGUCGAACCCGGACGACCUCUCCACCCUGCUGGCCGCGGUGGAAAGCUACAUGGCUGCACGCUCAUCCCUCGUCUUCCCUGCUUUGACCGUCUUUGAGCCCCAGCCAACCGACACCACGCCGCCACAGGACUACUUGGAGGACCUAUGGGAUCGCAUCAAGGCAUGCAAGGAAGAUUCCUGGAAGGCAGAAAGUGUGCCUCGCCCCCACGUGGCAGUCAAGGACCGACUUUCGUCGUCCAUGCGCCAUCCCCUUGGUCUCUUCACUCCGCCUCCGCCACCCCCUGCUGCCACCCAACCUGACGUCGAUGCUGACAUGGACGAGGGCGGCGAUGAGCAAAAGCAGACAAGAGCUGCCGCCCGGCAGCGGUUCGAGGCGCUGCAAGAGUUCCCGCCCCGGAUUGGACGGCUGAAGCUGUUUCCACCUGCCAAGACAGAUGCUGCCAUGGCGCCCAUCGACCGCUUUGUGGUGCAGGAGUAUCUCCUCGACGUGCUCUUCUACAUGAACGGCAGUCGCAAGGAGUGCGCCAGCUACCUCGUGGGUCUGCCGGUACCCUUCCGCUACGAAUACGUCAUGGCGGAAACUGUCUUCUCCCAGUUGCUGCUGCUUCCCCGGCCGCCCUUCCGCCCCAUCUACUACACAAUCGUCCUCGUUGACCUCUGCAAGGCCCUGCCUGGCGCCUUCCCAGCAGUGCUAGCCGGGGCGGUGAGGGCGCUGUUCUCCCGGGCGGCAAUUAUGGACGUGGAGUGCAGGACACGUGUCAUCCAGUGGUUGGCCCACCACCUUUCCAACUUCGCGUUUGUGUGGCCGUGGGCGGCGUGGGCGGCGGUUGCACGGCAGCCGGAGUGGGCGCCGCAGAGAGUGUUUGUGUCGGAGGUGCUUGAGAGGGAGAUACGCCUCUCCUACUACGACAAGAUCAGAGAGUCUCUAGGCAGUGCAGAAAUGGAGCAGCUUCUGCCCCCCAAGCCGGAGCCCAUCUUCAAGUUCAAGCGCAACCGAGCCGCAGGGCCGGGGAGGCUGCUGGCGCCUGCAGAGGGGGAGGGGGAGGAGAGAGGGGGUGAAGGUGAAGGUAAGGGAGGAGGAGAGAAGGAGAAGGAAGGAGGGGAGAAGGCUGGAGAUGGGGACGAGGGCAUGAAGGAGGGGGGCGAGGGGGGGAGCAAGGCGGAGCUGGGGGGCAAGGAAGGGAAGACUGGCGAGGGCAAGGAUGGGGGAAAGAGUGUGCAACAGUACGAGGAAGGGGUGGAUGCAGCAGCAGUGGAGGUAGCGGAGGAGCUGAUAGUGAUGGUGCGCACGAAGCGGGCCGGUAAGGAGGUGGCGGCGUGGGUGGAGGAGAAUGCGGUUGAGAAAGUGGGAGGGGAGAGAGGACGCGCGCUGGACGUGGUGGCGCAGACGCUGCUAGUGCUGGGGUCUAAGAGCAUCACGCACUCGGUCACCGUGCUUGAGAGAUACGGCCUCGCGCUGCAGCUGCUGGCGCCCGACCAGCUCUCUCAGGUGCAUCUGCUCCACAGCAUCUGGUCAGUGUGGGCCAACGCGCCUCAGAUGGCAGCGGUGGUCAUCGAUCGCUGCCUCGGCUUCCGCCUCGUCUCGCCGCUCGCCCUCCUCGACUGGUGCUUCCUUCCUUCGCAAUACGAGCUCUAUCAUACGUCCGAGCGCAUUUGGGAGAUUCUCCGUACUGCUGUGUCAAAGGCUACCAAUCGUCUCCGCCACGUCGGCGCUGAGGUGGCGGCGCUCGAGAGGGCGUCGGCUGUGGCAGCAGCGGCUGCCAGCAAGGCGCACGGCGAGUGGGAGGCUGCCACGUUGGCAGAGGAGGAGGCGGAGGGAGAGGAGGCCAAGACACAAGCGGCGGCGAAAGCAGAAUGGGCCAAGCAACGGAGCAGCAAGGCGCAGGAGGAGGCAGUGGCGGCAGCAGCAGCAGUGGAGGGCAAAGAGAGGAUGAGGCGAGAGGCGGAGGAGGAGGAGCAGGCCCUGUUCAUCUCGCUCCUGCUGCACUUUGCAACGGCUAUUAGCAGCAGGCGGGCAGCUGUUGCAGAGGCAGCAGUGAGGGAGGAAGAGGAGGAGGAGAGGAGGGCGGGGGAGGAGAGGAUGGAGGAGGAUGAGGGGGAGGAUGCUGGCAUGGAGGGCGAGGAGGACGGGGAUGGGGGCAGUGACAGUGUGAAAGUCUACACCUGAGGACCAAACUCUACACCUCUCCCCGUUCCCCUGUCUCUCUCCUUUUCUCAUUCAACCGAUUCGUCUUUCCUCUCCUGAUUUAGUGAUCCGUCUUUCUUUCCCUCUUAUGGCGGGUGGCUGGCAGGAGGAAGCGCGAGGAGGAGAGGAGGAAGGAGGAGGAGGAGCGGGGUCACAAGAGGCGACUCAAGGCGGCGGGGGAGAAGGAGUGGAUGCGAUGUGUUGUGGGGCAGAUGCGGUCGCUGUGUCGAUACUACGGCCCGCAGGUGUGGCGCAUGCUGCCUGCCAUCCAAUCACAGGUCUUCGCUCAAGUCCAGGAUCCCAUCAUUCAGGAAACAGUCAUGGCCGCUCUGCUCUGCUAGCGACUUUCGCAUGCUGCCUUCCAGGGGGGGCCUGGUUGGUUUGAAAGAGAGUUCCAUCAUUCAUGAGACAGUCAUGUGACUCAUGUCUGCUCUGCUCUGCCAGCGCGUGCUCCUCGCUACAUGCUGCUGCCUGUGCGGGGCGUCUCAAAAGUGCCUUCUCUCAAGCCCAGGAGUCCGACCAUUCAGGAAACAGUCAUGUGACAUGUCUGCUCUGCUCUGCGAGUACCUGCUCCUCCUCCCUUAAUGCAUCUAGCCAUUUGGUGACUCAAAGUGUCUUUCCAAGUCCAGGAUCCCAUCAUCCAUGAGGCGUUCAUGUCGGUCCGCUCUUCUCUGAUAGGGCUUCUGGAGGUGGGAACCUUGAUUUGUCCCUCUACAGGCGUUUGUCACACAGGAUAGAUUGUGGAGGCUGCUCUGCUAGCAAGCCCGUCGCUUCACUUCUCUUCAUGCCUCUGCCAGUCUGCCUUGGUGCGCCUUGACAGUAAUGGCUGUGCUGUGCACUCCAAACCUGAUGGUCCUAGGGGAACUAAGCCGUGAGACUUAAUUAACGCUUGUUAGAUGUUUCGUUCUUUUUCUUCCGUAUCCAUACCUGUGUAAGCCUUUGCAAGAAACAACUUUGCCUGAU